GCUUAGAUAAAAUGUGUUUAUAUUUACUCUAGUCAUUUAAUCAUCGAUAUCGAAGGCAUUACCUAAAGAUUCCAAUACAUCAUGUUGCGACAUUUUAUGUUAUUUAAUUUCGUAUUCUUGAGUAUUAAAUGUGAGGAACCUCACUGCUCACGAUUCCAUUACGAGGAUCAACUUCUUGACAAGAUGAUACGUCUGGAAAUUAAAGUUGAGGCGAUGGAGAAAGAAAUAUUGAACACUAACAAACAGGCAUUAGAAUCACUUAGGGAGCUGAAAGACGUAAAGGAUAACUUCCAAAGAGAUUAUGUAGAUGUGAAGAAUAAUAUCCAAACUGACUUUAAAGAAUUGAAACAAAAUAUCUUGGAGGAUAUCAACACUGUAAAAGAAAAAGUGUUGACACCAACAAUACUGUUCAAGGCCCGUCAGCCCGCAGAUGUAAGUCUGGAAACAGGCCAGAUUAUCGUAUUCAACAAGAUAAUGACGAACAGAGGCGGUGCUUAUGAUAACGUAACCGGCAUUUUCACUGUCCCUAUAGCUGGAACGUAUCUUUUUACGAGUCAUUUGUGUGUGUUUGGCAAGAAAACAUUUUACUAUGGCAUUGUCGUUGACAAUAUAAUUGAAACCUCGGGUCGCUUUUAUGAGGAUUACUCCGAGACUUGCCAUACGGCUGAUGCUAUGCUAGUUCUUGAAGCUGGGCAGAAAGUUUGGAUGAAGUGUGUAGCAGGACAAACGAAUAAUGUUUUAUACGAAUACAACUCGUCAAGUUACAUGUAUUGGAACACAUUUUCUGGCAUGUUAGUUCACAAGUAAAAUAGCAUGGGAUUUCAUCUAAAUUAUUUUGAAUCUUUGGGAAAGAUUGCAAUGACAAGCACAUUACACAUUCAUUGAAAACUCCCCCUGCUGACAUCAUUAUUGAACUGUAAUUUUUACAGUUUUGAGUUUCACAAUCUGAUAUGCUAUAUCAUUCUUCCUUAUUUUUGCAAACAGCGCCACAUUGUGAAUCCAGUGAAAAUAUGGUUUCUUUUUCAACUUGAAUGUUUUAUAUUACAAUAAUGUUACGGAGUAGAAUCUGCAUCAAGGAAGAAUAUUAAAGUUAUACUAUUUCUGAA